AUGCGUGCAGCCCGGCUAGUGCUUUUAGACUCCGGAAACUUCAUUUUGAAAGAUAAUAUAACUGGAGGAAUCUUUUGCGAAAGCUUUGAUUAUCCCUGUGGUGGAUGGGCUGGUUAUGGAGAUGAAGCAGCAGCCAAGGAAAAUAAUGGUGAACUUGGGAAAUUAAACGCCAAGAACUGUAAAUCUGUAAUAACUGACCAUUGGAAGGACAUAGAGAGGACAUCCCCAAGGCAACUACAAGGGCUUCUUAUGGUAUUAGGAUAA